AUGGGCUGCUGCAGAGCAGACGCUCUGGGUCGUCUGUCCUUUGUGAGCGGUCCGGCCCGCAGCCGCGAAACUUUGCUGACCGCAGGACCCUUCGGCAGCUCGUUGUCGGACGCAGCCGCGUUUCAACGAGGGGAGACACAUCGCAACACAGGUGCGCGGGUACAACGCAGCUGUCAGUCGUCCUCACGAUACACUGCCACGAUCCAAUUUCCCCUCGGCUUCCGCAACACACGAUUUGUACGCGAUCAUCUCGCCGCUUUACCACGCAUGGCACGCAGUGUUCAGACUCGGCUAGCUGCGUCGCACGGCACCAUCACGGCGACACUUGCGUUAGUGACCGACAAUGCGGCCAUUGAGGAGCUGCGACGAUGCACGAAUUUCUGUACAGUUGCGGUGGCUGCGCUGGCACACGCUGGUCGCGCCGGCGUCAGGCCUUUGGCGGCGCGGCAGUCAACUGUAGCGCGAAGGCUGUUGGGCUGA